AUGAAUCGUAGUGCAUUGGAUUUGACGAGGGAUACUGCUCAACAGAGGAAUGCUCCCCGACUCACGAAAAUGAAUAUGUACCAACACACUAUUCACUUUCGCAUUGGUAGUGUAUGUAUUUUUAAUGUCAUUUUGAUGUUUGUUGCUCGAUCUAUACAAUAUCCACAACGUAUCCGGUUCCUAUGGAAGCAGCAACAGGCUUUUCAUCGAUUUCUGUCUGCUUCCUGUGAAAAGCCUUGUUUCGUAUCUCCAGGGACACUACAUCUCGUGAGCACGCCCAUCGGUUGUUUGAGUGAUAUCAGCGAUCGCGUACUGAGUGUGCUAAAAGAAUCGGACGUUGUUCUGUGUGAAGAUACGCGAACUACAGCUUUUUUGUUAUCUCGUUUUGGAAUCCGGCGUGAAUUGAUAUCGUUGAACCAGGAGAAUGAGCAAGCUCGUCUUUCGUUCGUUCUCUCCCAACUGCAACAGGGCAAAUCUGUGGCAAUUGCCAGCGAUGCAGGAACUCCCUUGCUAUCGGAUCCUGGGUCUCUUGUAGUGAAGACGUGUGUGGAGGGCAAGUUCCGCGUGACGCCUAUUCCCGGAGCGAACGCAGCGAUUUGCGCUCUGAUUUGCAGUGGAUUUUACUCCACCCCUUUCAGUUUUUACGGGUUUAUCAGUCGUAGUGGGAAAGCUCGCUGUGAAGUACUUGAGGAGAUCUCUGGAAGCAGGUAUGCGUCCAUUCUGUACGAAUCUCCCCAUCGCAUUGUAUCGACAAUGAACGAGUUGAAAGGGUACUUGGAGGAGGAUCGUCGUGUGUGCAUUUGCAGAGAGCUAACGAAGGUUCACGAAUCGAUCGAGCACACGACGAUCGGCAAUGUAGAUGGAGAGAAGCUGGUUCUGAAGGGAGAAUACACUCUGGUUGUGGAAGGGAAGCGAGAAUACUCCAAUCGCCACCCAAAGAUCGCUUCGGUCGUAGACGAGAAAGCAAUGAAAUGCAUGGACGUGCUUCGAGCGGAAGGCGUUGUUCAAUGUAGGGAUGGUUCGCGAUUUGGAUCUAGCUGUCGGGAUCUGCGGUAA